UGCUUCUGAAAUAUUAAAAGUAGUUAUUUGAUGCGGGUCACGGGGCUCCUUGAACAAAAUUUUCCGGUUCAAAUGGUUUAGGCCCUUUAAACCCCUAUCUAGGGUUUCUACACGAGAGCGAACGAAACCCCGAUCCCCUUCGUGCAUCUCUCACCUCUCUUGCGAAUUCGACGGCGCCGAAACCUCGCUUCUCGAUUCCAAUCUAAGGAGCUUGAGCCAAGUGUACUCUGUUGGAGUAUAGAAGGAUUAGAAUCAUCAAGAUUGGAUUUUGCACAUUAGAACAGGGAUUUGUUUUAUAAAUCAGCUAUGGCGACUCUCAAAGAUGUUGUUGCCCGGCGGCCCAUCGCAGCCACGAUACGGCUCACCGUGCCAGCCGGAGCUGCCCGGCCAGCCCCACCUGUCGGGCCUGCGCUCGGUCAGUAUCGGCUGAACCUAAUGGCCUUCUGCAAGGACUUCAAUGCGAGAACUCAAAAAUACAAGCCGGACACGCCUAUGGCCGUCACCAUUACGGCUUAUAAGGACAAUACAUUUGAGUUCACCGUCAAGUCACCAUCGGUCACGUGGUUUCUUAAGAAGGCUGCGGGGAUCGAGUCAGGCAGCGGCCGGCCGGGCCACACGGUCGUCUCCUCCAUCAUGCUCAGCCACGUGUACGAGAUUGCAAAGGUGAAGCAGUCCGAUCCGUUCUGCAAGCACAUGCCGCUCGAGGCCAUCUGCAAGUCGAUCAUCGGCACGGCUAAUUCGAUGGGCAUCCAGGUCGUUAAAGAUCUUUAAAAGAUGCUGUUUCGGAUUAUUCCUCAUUAAGUUAUUUGCAUCUCUUGGUGGUUUUGUGUUGUGAUGAUCGAGAGAAAGAGAUGCUCCAUUUUCUAGUUGUCGACAAUCAACUAAUCAAUAUAUAUUGCUCAUGUGAUCAUGUUGUCUUAUGAGUUUGUGUAUGUUACUGGAGUUGGUAUUAGGAGUAUGAGAAAUAUGAGUCAAUCGAGCAAAUAGCGUCUUGAUAUAUGAAAACUACACUGAACUUUGAAUCUUCGAAACUGGCUCAUAAUUUGACUGAAAAUAUGGCGGGUCUGUAUUCGAAUAUUCAUACAUUACUGCACAAGUUAAUCUUUUGUUAGUAACCUUGAACAAGUUUUUGAGGUUUUCUUGUAAAUUUCCGUUGUAGCGGAUGAUUCUGGUUUGCUAGUAAAGCUUUAUCCAGAAGUGUUUUUCGACUCUU